GAGAACAUUUUCCUUUUUUUGGUGUUUAACCCCACGACUCGCCGUAGGUAGCAAAACACCAUACCACGAAGCCCGCAGUUUACUGUGGUGAAUAUAGCUACAAAAGUUACAACAACUACAAUAGAAAGUGUACUACUGUGCCUAAACAUAUUAAACAAAAGCGUGGAAGUGGCUUCGGAAAUAUCUAUAUUUUUGUUUAGAAAAUUUACAAUUUAGUAAAAUAAAAGCAAACAUAAUGGGCAAGGAGAAGAAGCAAUUCAACAUUGGAGAUUUAGUUUUCGCUAAGGUGAAGGGCUACCCGGCAUGGCCCGCUAAGAUAACUAAGUAUAACAAUAAAAAGUACAGCGUGUACUUUUAUGGAACUGGCGAGACAGCCAACAUUAAAGUGGAAGAUCUCUUUCAGUAUGCCGAGAGUAAGGAAAAAUUUGCUACCGAUAAAAAUCUUAAACGUUCAAAUUUUCGCGAGGCUAUUGAACAGAUAGAGGCAGCUCUGAUUGGGGAAGACUCUGCACCAAUCGAUUUACCGGAGGCUGCAGCUGUAGCAGACGAAUUGUUAGAUGAUGGAAUUGAUGGAUUUGCGGAUGUCACUGCUGAUGAUUCGCAAAUACAAGAAAAUGCGGCUCAGGAUACAGUAGAGCAGGUUGCUGACUCUGGGGCAACAAAUAUGGAUGAAUCGUUACCAAUUAAACCAAAAGAAGAAAAGCAGGUUCCAGUAGUGACAUCUACUACUGAUAACGCUGAAUUAGUCAGUCGCAGUGGGCGCAAAAUCAAAACGAAACGGUACAUUGAUGAAGUGCAUGAGGGCCCCAAUCUAUCUCAUUCGCCACCAUCGAAGAAAAAAGUACCAGCAGAAGGUAUUGGCGCAGAUACGAAAAAAUCUGCUAAAAAGUCGAGCAGUUCCUCUAAGCCAACGGCUACCAUAACGCCAACCGUGAAAACUUCGGCUGGUAACAAAAGUGAAGUGUACAACAACCUCUUAUUAGCUUUCGUACCACCAGCUAAAUGUGUUGGCAUCAAAUUGGAUUAUGGAAAACCAGAAUCAUUCGCCACACCGGCCGAACGUACUAAAUGGGAAGAGAAGUCGCGAAAAGAAGCUGGAGACUUGAAAGAAAAAUUGGAAAUUGGCCAAAUAAAAUUGGAUGCGGUAAAAGAUCGUGUGAUUAUAAAUCCUCCAAGGUCAAAAAUACAUCAAGAUGCUGCCAGCAGAUUUACUAACCAAAUGAUAGAGCAAGAAGAUGCGCUUUUUGUUGAACGUGAUUUCAUACAAAUGUCGCAGCAAUUGCGUGAGAGUUUGGGCCUAAAGAGCGCCGACGUUAAUCGGUGUGUCGAGUUGCUUAAGCAGUAUAAAGAUUUUGAAUUAUCACAAUUAAUGCUACUACGCAAUCCAGAUUGUGUGGACAUUAUAAGACGUUUACGCCGCUAUGUUGGCAAUUUAAAAGAAUGGUCUUUGAGUGCUGAGGAAGAAAAUGAAUUCAGAACUAAAGCAGAAGUUAUACGCAAUGAGGCAAUUGUUAUUUACAAUUAUUUCAAAAAAAUAUUUAAAAUUCCAGCUGAUCAACAAUUUUGGGAGCCUUUCUGUGAUCAAGUAAAAACCUACAAGGAGUGCACAAAACAUAUUAGCGAGCAAAAUCGUAUUACAAUGAGUGAGAAAACCUAUAUGAGUGUACUUGCUAAUUUUAAAAAGGAUGGAAAAAGUGCACAGGAUAAAGGUGCAGAUUUAAAAAGUGAUGCUGAGAAGGAAAACACAAACGAAGAUAUCCAAGCGGAUGCUAACGAAAAAACAAACCAGAGCGACACCGAAACUGACAGAACAGAAAUGGACGAGUCCAACGUAAACACAGAAAGCAAUAUACUAGAAGCUGUAGAGGCUUAAAUAUUCCUCGUUCAAAAUAUAAAUAUUUGAAUAAACCAGAUCAUUCAUUGUCGAACUGGUCAUGUAACUGUUGGAGAUCUAUAAAUAAAAAAGUUCUUUAAUCCAUACAUACAUACAUAUGUAAAUGAAAACACAUUC